GUAUACCGACAAAAGCUUGUGGUUUCACAAUGAGUGGUCACAGCCUUCAGUGCUGCUUGCCUGUAAUUAGCCUUGGUCUUUCAGGAAAAAAAAAACAACUGGUGUACAACACUUCCACACAAACCUUGCUAGCUGAGGAACACACUGCAGAGAGCAGCUGAACACGAGACUUAAAGAUGAAAACUUCUUGGCUGGUCUAUGGAAUUGGGAUCCUUUUUUGCAGCACGGUUCUUGUGAACGCUUACUGGCAGGAGGAAGAUGAAGAGACGGUUCUGGUGGAUAACAAGUGCCAGUGUAUAAAGGUGACAUCCAAAUUUGUCCCAGAUAAAGAAAACCCCCAAGAACAAGUCCUGGAGAGAAACAUCCGUAUCAUAAUUCCCCUCAACGCCAGGGAGAACAUUUCUGAUCCCACAUCACCAGUGAGAACCAAAUUUGUCUACAAGCUCUCCAAGCUUUGUAACAAGUGUAAUGAUGCCCCCAAAACUGAAAAGGGAGUGACGUUUGGCUCAAGCACGUUAUGUAGUCAUCCUGAGGAAUCCUGUUACACCUACGACCGGAAUAAGUGCUACACGGCUUCUGCCUUGUUCUCCAACAACGGGGAAACUAACAUUAUUCAGACAGCCCUAACCCCUGAAUCCUGCUAUCCAGAAUAAACCGCAACUGGGGUGUUUUGUUGAGCGUUGUGAGCAUGUCUACACCACAGAUAUGUACGUUGACCUUAUACCAGUGACAGCUUUCACAGCUCAUUGGGCGGGGGGGGGGGGAUAUCCCAAGUUUCAGAUAUGCAAGGACCCCCUUUCCUAUCUUUCUCCCUGCCAUUUGGGGUAUCUGCAUUGAUCCAUGGAUUAAAAAGCCGUAACAAUUAAGAAGAGAAAGGAAGAGCUCAAAUGAACGAUCUAUUCUCCCAAAGGAUCCUGGGAAUUGUAGUUUGUCCCGGAUGCUGAGAGUUUCCAGAGACAUCUUAGAUCUCUCUCUCUUGGAAGCUUGAUUCCCUUGGGUGAAGAGAGUAGCCUUUCCAAAUCUUUGGUGUAGACAUCCUCACGUUGCUCUUAAUGCUGAAAAGAAGGUUUAAAAAAAUUAAAAUGUUUAAAAAUUGUCCAUCUCUUCAUCUGCCUCAGCAGAACGCUUUCCCUCGAUUUCUCCCAUAUGCUUCUUCCAGUCUAAACAACUAUUGCUUUCUUCUUCUUAUCUGCAUUCUAUACUACCCUUUUCAUUCACGCAUGUCAUCAAUAAAAUAAUAUUUCAUUAGA